AUGGAGCUGGAAAGUGCCAUAGAACUGAGGCCCUACAGCGUCGAGAUGAUCGGCCCCGAAACCAUCACGAUCUGCCCUUACCCGUUCGUCGUCGAGCAGCCCAAGGACCACGUGCUCUGGUCGCUGUGGAACUACUCCUUCAUGAACGCCUGCUGCCUUGGCUUCGGGGCCCUCGUCUACUCCAUCAAGGCAAGGGAUUGCAAAGUCGCUGGAAAUGCUGAAGAUGCAACUAGAUAUGGCAAGAAAGCCAAGAUUAUGAAUAUCGUUGCAAUGGUUCUGGGUAUCUUGUUGUUCCUUUUGAUCUGUGGCCUGAUUGCCAGUGUUUUAAUAGCUUUACAAGGAAGAGUCAAGAAGUUGUUUGAUGAAUACAAAGCGAACUGCCUGCCCUGCUCGUUCAUUUGCCAAGGCAUGAAACCUUCUGCAAAGCAGUACUACUCGCAUUUAUGA